CUUUGCCAUCUUACUGCAAGGCAUGCAGUAUAGAAAAUAGCAUAACAGCUGUCUCCUCCAUUUGAUAGAGAUUUCAAAACUUUCACGCUAUUUUAGGAAGACACAAUACAGUACCUGAGGAACUGAUAAAGCCAGCUAUUCCUGAAGGGGCUUCUGUUUGCCAUGCUGAGAGUCUGUGUCAGCAUUUGGAGAGCCUCAAACUUUGUGGAGUGGAUAGUGAGGAUGAGAAGCAGAUCCUGAAAAGUCUCAAUGCAGUCCUUCUGGCACUUGAUGAAGACAUGCAGACAUCAGCUAAGCUGCUGGCAGACUAUGAUGUGUUACCAGUACUCGGCAAGAUACUGGAAACCAGUCCAAACUGUACAGAGAAGGUUGCACAUGUUCUUGCUGAGUUAGCAAAGAAUGAAGAAACAAGGAAGCCCUGCAUUGAUGCAGGUUUGGUGACGGCACUGGUUCCUCUGCUGCAGAGUUCAGAUCAGCAAUUGCUUCUGCAUGCUGGCAGAGCCAUUGGUCGCAUCUGUUAUGAAAACAAUGAGCUACAAGAGCAGCUGGUGGACCUUGAUGUCAUCACUUCCUUGGUCAGGAUAUUAACUGAUUACCCAGAUAAUGAUACGUUGGUGCGUGUGGGUCUGUUGGCCUUGUCCAAUCUGGCGGAUCUAGAUAGUGCUAAGGAAGCUUUAAGUAAAACCAUGGUUGUUGAACAGCUGGUAAAGCAGCUGAAGAGGGCAGAAAACCAUGAAAGAGUUGAAAUUAUCAUUGAGGUCCUCCAGAUGCUGGCAGAAAAUGAACCCCUUAAGAUACAACUGGUAGAUGUUUCUGUUCAGGAGACCCUAUGUGAUAUCCUCCAGAGACUACAGGACAGUUCACAGACAGAGGACAUGUGUACAAUGAAGUCAUCAGCAGACCUUAUUGUGUCAUUGCUUCUUGGUGAUGAAUCCAUGCAGAAACUUUUUGACAAUGGCUGUGGUGUAGUCUACAAAAAUAUUCCUUCAUGGCUAACAUCUCGGCACACCCUACUUCAGAUGACUGGAGCACUCACCAUUGCUAAUUUUGCAAGAAAUGAUACUAACUGCAUGCGAAUGGUGGAGCUCGGUGUAGUUCACCAACUUUUAGACUUGUUGGAACAACACGUGGAGAAUGGAGAUGUUGCUGUACAACAUGCGGCUCUCAGUGCACUGCGGAAUCUGGCCAUACCAGUGAUGAAUAAAGUAAGAAUGCUGGAAGAAGGGGUGGCCAACAGAAUCCAGAUGUUGCUAAGAUCAGAAAUGCCCCCAGUUCAAUUCAAACUCCUGGGUACACUUAGAAUGCUGACUGAUGGGCAAGCUGAUACAGCUCAGAUUCUGGGUCAAGAUUCCAAGCUAUUGGCUAGACUUGUGCAGUGGUGUGAAGCUAAAGACCACGUUGGCGUUCGAGGAGAAGCAAAUCGUCUACUGGCAUCUCUCUUACGACACAGCAAGUCUCAAGAUGUAGUCAAUGCUAUUCAAAAGGCCAAAGGUGUGAAGCAUCUGGUCUCCAUGACAACUAGUGAGCACGCCAUUAUGCAAAAUGAAGCCCUCAUCGCAUUAGCCAUUGCAUCUGCCAUCAACCUUGAGGUUGUUGAAGGAGCCUUCAAAGAGUCUGACUUAGUGUCAAUCCUGCACAGAAUUUUGCAAGAUGAAUCUAUGGGACCAGAGGUGAAAUACAAUUCCAUGGGUCUAUUAUGUAGCCUCUUGGAUUCAGAUGACUUGCGGAAGGAAAUGGAAGUAAUCAACCUGAAAGAAACUUUGCAGAAGCUUCAAGGACACAGCAGCAGUAAUGUAGUCAAGCAGGCCAACAAAGUUCUGCAGAUUAUGGAACACUGUUGCCAGAACAGAGACCACUUCUUUCCAUAGUUAUAACAUUACAGAAACGUACAGCAAGAAACCCAAGCAUAGUGCACGCCAACAUCCCUGCAUUAGCCCAUGUAGCAACCUGCCUCUUCAAGAUGCCAAGAUUAGAUUCAAUUAGUAACUAUUACAUAGGCCUGUAAUGUAAAAUAAUAGUGUGGAUUUCUAAGUGUUGCAACAUUGUGUCGUCUACUCCAAUGAAUGAGAACAAAGGGUCAUUAAUAUUUAGUGCCAAACUCAAAUGGCUAUAGAUGGAACACAACCUGUGUUAGUCAGCAUUUUGUAAAAGUGUGUAGAUUUUUAAAAA